GCCGUUGCGUUUUCCCCGGUUUUGUCCCUCGGGAUGUGCGGCGUGUUGAGCUUCUUCUACGGCGUCCUGCGCAACGCGCUUUGGGACGAUGCGGCGGAAGCCACCAGCGGCCAAUUUGCGCGGAAACUGAAGCAAGAUGCGGAGGAGAGCUUUCCGUCUGGAGUGGUAGGCCCCUAUCUCUCCUGGCGCUUCUCGUACCUCUUCGUUGGCACAUUCUUUGGCAUCAUCAGUGCAACCUUGGGCAGUCCGUGGAUGACGCAAAGCGACUACCAGGAGUUUCUGACGCGUCAGUUACCACAAGGUGUGCCAGUGGAACGCUUCAGUCAGCUCAUCAGCACUCUACGAGGCAUCGAUCUCGGUGCUUGGAUCGUUGCGCUUCUCUUGGUCUUAGGCCUUCUGAUUGGAGGAGUUUUGGCAUCACCAAACCUGGCGAUGAUGAACAUCAGGUCAUCGAGACGUGCAGUUUGGUGCACAUGGCUCAUCGGUUUCCUACCUCCCUUCCUGCUUUUCCUGGUGCUGCCACUACGCUCCUUCGUAGACUGGAAAGGGAUCUCAGCAGAUGUCUGCGCGCAGUCCAUCAAGACCACCCUGGCUCUUCCCGGAUCGCAGCUGCAGUACAGCUUGAACUUCCUGCAGCGAAACGACGCCUUGGAGGAAUCCAUGAGCGGAAUUCUGGAUUCGCACCGCGACUGGUGCCUUUCCCAAGGCAGUGAUUGGUACGAGAGUUUCUUCAACCAAUCCGUUCCUUGCAUUUGGUUGGUGGAAGAUCGCUGCCGAGACCAACUCUGCGGCCAGGUUUCCAGUCAGCAAACUGCGCAGUGCUUGAUGGGCUGCCUCCAUCUGACGCUCAGCCAAAACCCUCAGAUGAAACAGAAAGUCCUACAGGUUUUUGAGAACUGUGAUGCAGAUUCCGCGAGUCGUACCUACAGCGCUGCAAGCCUACGUGCAUCAACUCCUUCUGUGCCAGCAGAUUAUGCCACCAUGUCAGAGGCCGAUAUCAUCAAAUCGAUGCAGAUAGCGCAGCGUUUGACCACCAUGUCCUUCUCUGAGACCAUCACUUGGGCCAGUUUGCAGUCAGAGUAUGCUGUGGGCGUUUUGGUAUCGAUGAUGGUUGGGCAGAAUUUGAUCGCCUCGGCUCUUGGUUUGGCGAGUGGUUUGACAGAAGCCCUCCUGAACUUGAAAGCGAUGUUCCCAGGGAAUCAAGCUGGUGGCUGGCUAUUGAUUCUUACCACCUUUCAAGUGGUUCCAAUCUACAUGGUGAUUUUUGCAGUCUUUCAACAACUUUUAGGCGAUCUCUUCAUCGGUUUGGCCGUGGUCGCUGCAACGCUCUAUCUCUCGGUAGGAAUGCACACGGGUUAUCGCAUCACCUCCACCAAGAGUGGUGAUGAGGGUCGAUGGCAUUUUUAUCGCCUCAUGUGGAUGGAAUAUGGCCUUCGUGCUGUGCUGAUGCUGGUGCUACUGGGGGCCCUGUUGCUGUGGGUUUUUCAGAAAAAUAUGCAGCAAUCAUUGCUUGACUACAUUCGCGAGGACCUGCUGACACCUCGCGCUCUGGUGGCCAUGAUCGCGGACUUCUUGACGCGAAAGUCUCUGACCGCGGUAGCCGGGACGGACGCAAUGGUGUCGGCCUUCGUGCAGACAGAGACUUGGCGGGUCAAGAUGAACAAGGAUGUGGAGGCGUCCCAAACCAUCGCUGCGCAAGAUUUGGAGCGUUUGAUGACAAAGCGCACAAUGCCUUACACCACCACUGAGUAGAGUUGUUUUUUUCUGACUGGUGUUUAGUAGGGAAUGAGGUGCCCCC